CAACCGGCGUCAAACACCUGCUAGCUAGUGACGUCAUGUCUUUGACGUCACGAACCAAGGAGGAACCUCUGCUCGUGAACUUUGACCUAAUGACGUAAAUCAAGAUGGCUGACCGCGGGAAGAAAUUCAACAUUCCAAAUUUAGACGACGUUUACGAUGAUACUAGCGGACCGGUUAGGUCCUUGUUUAAAGCUGGAAAGACAGUUGGAGCAUCCAGAAAGGGGCCUAUAACUGCCAACAACAAACAUGCUGCGACCACUAUUACAACCACGCUCAGUUCUACAGGCGACACAUCAAAGGGCAACGUUUCUAGAACUUCCAAAUCCUUUGUUACAACAACUUCAGCACAGCAAGAAAGAAGUGUUUCCAAUGGUGUCACAAACAGAAACCAACAUAAUAUUUCGGCUGCAAAUCUCGCAAGCAAAAUCACUUCAGAUGGUCCUUCAACAAGUGGCCAACCACAAGCGUCGAAGGUGGCGAAAUAUGACGCAGUACCAUCAACAAGCAAUGAUUCCAAGAGUUUUACCGGUAUUGACGCCAGGGACAGUUUAGGUGGUACCAUGCUGGCCGGCGGUAGUAGCAGUGGUCCUAAUGCCAGAAGUAGGACUGGGUCUACAUUUCUGGAUGUUUUUGGUCUUCCUGAGGGAGAGCACUGCAACGUAGGGGGCGCUGCUGCAAAGGCAGGACCUGCUGUGCCGAGAACAACGAAGUUGAACAGUAUUGUUAUCAAUCCAAGACAGAAAGGGAACCCAGUCAUCAAGAAUAUCAGAAAUGUUGCCUGGGAGUUUGGAGAUGUCAUUCCAGACUACGUCUUAGGAAAGACUUCUUGCGCAUUGUUCCUAAGUUUGCGGUACCACCACCUGCACCCGAAUUACAUCCAGGACCGACUGCAGCAGCUGGGCCGCAGCUACAUGCUCAGGAUACUGCUGGUACAGGUGGACGUGGCUGACCCUCAUCACUCAUUAAAGGAGCUGGCAAAGAUGUGUAUCCUGGCAGAUUGUACUCUUAUUUUAGCUUGGAGUGCAGAAGAGGCAGGGAAGUAUUUGGAGACAUACAAGGCUUACGAAAGCAAACCUGCAGAUCUGAUCAAGGAGAAAACUGACAAGGACUACCUCUCAAAGGCGACAGAUUUUCUGACCACCAUCCGAUCGGUGAACAAGACCGAUGUGUCCACACUUGUUACAACAUUCAGGUCUAUAGAAGGGAUAAUAAAAGCGUCCAAAGAAGACCUGGCUCUUUGUCCUGGGUUUGGACCACAGAAGGCCAAGAGAGUUUAUGACGCCCUACACCAGCCCUUCCUGAGGAGUAAGAAACCUAAACCAGCCGAACAAACUUAAGAUUUGAACAUCAUCUCACAAUUUUAUUCGUUCACCGUAAAAUACUCGCCAUACAAGAUCUGUUUCAAGGAAAUGAAUGAUGAAUUUAUACAAGAAUCAUGGUCAAUGCAUCGAAUUCAAAUUUGGUGCCUUUACACUGUAAAAUGAUGUACCAGUAAUAAAAUUUUGUACCUACUAUGAAACCGUAUGUUUGACAUGUUGUGAUACAUGUCAUAUUGGGCUUAUACGUACACUGUGUGUUUAUUUAUGCAUUUGCAGACCGAUUUUUUAGUGUAUUGUAUCAAAGAGCAGCUUAAAAUUAUUGUAUGAGUUCUCAAGAGUCACCAUUUUGUGUGGUGUUCUGUACAAAGCUUCGUUUUGAAAUCAGAUUAAAGCAAAAGUGACUGA